AUGUUUUGUGAAAAUCCUCUUUUGCAAGAUGUUACUGUCAACGGCAUUAUCACGGACACUGAUACCGAAACCGAUUUGGCGGCGGCCACCUUCACCCCCAGCCCCGUCAUUAUAGGCGCCAUCGUCGCGGUUGCCGUCAUUUGUCGCAUCGGUGCGCGCACCAUCAUGACGGCGCUGGUGGUGUGGGCGCUGGUGCUGCAGGGCCUCAUCCAGCACAGCCCGUCGGUGGCGCUGCUCACGCUGGCGGAGCCCGCCCUCUCCUCGGAGGAGUUCGCCGAGUACGUGGCCAACACGUCGUACGUCACGCGCUAUUGCCGCCCGGGCAACGUCAGCGACGCCGCGGCCGACGACGGGGAGGGCGCCUCCGCCUCCGUCCCCGCCGCAGCCACCGUCGCGACGCCUCCCGACGCCGCGGGCGGGUUGGAGGAGGUGUCGUAUGAAGGCAGCGCCACCACUCCGCCGGCCAACGAUUCGGAUUUGCUGCUGGCCUACGAUGAAGCCCUGCCGCUCAAUGUCACCAGGACCCCGCGGCAUCGGCACGGGCUCGGGGAACCCUUUCUGAAGCUUGCCAACUUUGCGACGAUGUGGGAAAGGCCCAGACAAGACUCGAUGGAACCGGAUGUUACUGUUGUCUGGGGCCCUGACGGAGCAACUUUUCGGCUCCUGGUGUCCACGGCCCUUAUUAUGGAGCAGAAGAAGGCCAUGUUGUACCACACCUACUGCUGA